GAAACGUUUUCAGUCAGUUUACUGUAUAUUGUUGUGAAAAAUUAUGUCAAAACUGAAUCACUAUUAACAAUUGUUUAUCCGUAUGACUUGGCGUGGCUAGGCUAUUGUCAAAUAAUACUCGGAAUGAGUACGCAUAUUAUAAGCUACAGUUGGGUUACUUUUUCGAUCACGAAUGAAAAUGUACCUUAAAAACCCUUUCGGUUUCGUUUGCAUUAGGAAAUAUAUUUCCUUGUCGCAUCAGAGCGAAGCCAAGCUGUAUUUUCGCUUCAAAUUUGAUUAAGGUAUAGUCUACAUUCUUCUUAUAUUUGAUUUAAUCAUUAUGGCACUUUUCGACGUAAGUGGUUAUAAGUCCCACGCGGGACUUCGUGGGCAGAUUCUUGGAACAGGAGUAGGGCAUCUUAUUGACCGACCGAAUCAGGAAUUUGCUGUCCCUGUUGGAGUGGAUGUGAGUAUUUUCUGCAGUUAUUUUCUGUUUCUUCUGUGACAAUAAUAUGAUGAUCUAAAUGAUCUAAUGUGUCCUAUGUGAAGUGAACUAUACCUUACUAAAGCAUGGUUCAAUGGAGAUUCACAACUCACCUCAAGCACACUUUUAAGCACGCACGCACAAACAUACGCGCGCACGCAUGCAUACCACCUGACAAAAUACUGACAAGCGCUGCUGCAUCACACAUUUUUUAAACGAUUGGAUCAAUCUACUUCACAGUCCCACUCUAUAAUGCUCUCUUUCUCUCUAGCCCUCAGGGUUCCUGAAGUCAUGCAGCCGUGAAGGUGGUGUGUCCAUAGAUCUGAACCAUGGAACAACUACUCUGGCUUUCAAAUUCCGCCAUGGUGUCAUUGUGGCCGUGGACUCCAGGGCCUCAGCUGGCAGCUACAUUGGUAAACAUCACAUUCCAUAGGGAUUAGCUUUCCUUGAUAACCAAAACCACUUUAGCCCAUCAGCCGUGCGGUCUUGGUUUCACGUGGUACAGAUUUAUAAUGUAAGAAAAGUAGCUAUUAGUCUCUAAUUUCAGGCAUACACAGUGCCUUCAUCUGACAAUACUGUACCUAUACACAGUAAGAAACUAGUAAUAGCAUUCUACUGUUACUGCUAUAACUGCCUACUGUAUUGUGAGUACUAAACCAAAUCUACAAGUGGUAAUUGUAAGGUCAUCCAUUUUGAUGUGAUUUACCUUGGAAGGAUGAUGUGAUCAGCCUUGAGUUGGUCCAUUAGAUUUCUGUUCCAGCAGCAGUCGUAGACCGCACCUUCAGAUGCAGAAUGGAUCUCAGAGAUCUAUAACCAAACAUAAAGCAAUCGUUCUCUAACCCCUUUGCCAUGUAUUUGUCUUUCCCUGCAGCGUCGAAGGAGGCUAACAAGGUGAUAGAGAUCAAUCCUUACCUGCUGGGGACCAUGUCUGGCAGUGCUGCUGAUUGCCAGUACUGGGAGAGACUGCUGGCUAAGGAGUGCAGGUCUGUUCGAGCUUGUCUCUGUUAGAUUGAGUCCCGCUAUACAGUUACAUGGUGUUAAUAUCACAAUCAUUGAUGCCUGUCUGUCUGGCUGUCUGUCAGGCUUAUGGGCAAGGGGAGGGCCAGGGAGGGUUGGAUGAAGAGAAAAUGUACCAAUCAAUGUCUUUUCCAUUUCUCAAAACAAAUGCGUUGGACAUAAAUUCAACCAUAUCAAUAUCAAACAGUGACUUUGUAGAUACCAUCUAUGUAUCGUUUUGGCCAUAAUUGUUAUCUGGACUAGCCCUCUCCUAAAUUGGUCUUCUUGGUCUGCUUCCAAGCCCCAUUAAUGCCUUAAUGUAUCUGGGGUGUUCAAAUCUAUCUGGAAGUAAACCAGUGUUUUAGCACUCUGACUGCCUUGUCUCAUACAGUGAGUUUUUGUGUCUCAGGCUGUACAAACUGAGGAACAAGCAGAGGAUCUCAGUGUCUGCAGCCUCUAAGCUGCUGUGUAACAUGAUGCUGGGCUACAGGGGCAUGGGCCUCUCCAUGGGCAGCAUGAUCGUUGGCUGGGACAACAAGGUACAGGGAGGGAGUGGAGUGUGUGUUUGUGUGUGUUUUUGGUGUGUGUGUGAGUGGUGUGUGUGUGUGUGGUAUGUGUGUGUCUGUGUGAGUGUUUAUUUGAAAGCCUGAUUUUUAUAGCUUACAUUUUCAUCCUGAUGGUACCCACCAUUUGUGACUACCAUUGGAUUGUCUCCAGUUGUCAUGUCUGUUGAUGAGUAUCAAUAUAUUUGUGUCUUGCUGUCCAGGGCCCUGGUUUGUACUACGUGGAUGAUAACGCCACACGUCUCUCUGGUCGGAUGUUCUCUACUGGUUGUGGUAGCAGCUAUGCAUACGGAGUGAUGGACAGCGGUUACCGUGAGGACAUGACGGUAGAGGAGGCGUACGAGCUGGGCCGCCGUGGCAUCACCCACGCCACGCACAGAGACGCCUACUCUGGAGGAGUGGUCAACCGUGAGUGACCUUGUUCUGAACCUAUACUCAUUCUAUAACGAUUAAUUUGAUUUGACUUGACUAAGUCAGUUCAUGUGAGACCAUGUGAAGCAUUGAUAGGUGCAGGCUAGAGUUUGAUGUAUGUUGAGAUAUUGUUUGUUUGUUGUGUAAAUUCCAGGUGUGAAUUCCAUUCAAGAGGUUAUAACUAAAUAUACAAUUAUAAUCUAAUCUCAUAAGGAUUUAUCCAUAUGAAAAAGUAGUCAUAUGCUGAAUCCAUAGGAAAAUAAAAUGUAAACAAUACCUUUAUGUGUAACUGUGUCUGUGUUUGUCCAGUGUACCACAUGCAGGAGGACGGCUGGAUAAAGGUGUGUAAGGAGGACGUGUCAGAACUGAUCCACCGCUACAGGAAGGGCAUGUUCUGAUCCCAGAUCAGCCUCCAUAGACCACACAGACCACACUGUGUUCUCUCUCAACUGAUCCCAGCACUGCUCCAAAUAAAGACCAUUUUCAAACCGCAUA